AUGAAGACAAUUGCCAUUCUCGCGCUUGCCUCUUCGACUGCAGCAUUUGCCGCGGGGGAUACCGCUGCCUCCGUUCAAGGAUUCGCCCCCACGCCGAGCAUUCGUACCGGCGGCACGGAAAUCUUAGAGGUGUUGGGUCGAUUUCCCGAGCUCGUCAAGGAAUUCGACGUCAAGAGUAAGGACACCCAAGGCGACAAGGACGUCAAUACUGACACCCAAGGCGACAAGGACGUCAGUACUGACACCCAAAGCGGCACGAAAAUCUUAGAGAGCAUCCCCACCGAAAUGGAAUCAGCCAAGGCCGACCGUGGCUCCAACUUCACGACCGACGAAGACUGCCAGCUUGCCCGGUCAUGGAUCAACAUCUCUCAAGAUGCGUCCAAGGGUAGCGGUCAGAAGUCAGACCAAUUCUGGUCGCGUAUCGAAACCAACUUCAAUCAGUACUCCGACGGCGCAAUCCAACGCUCUGGGCGCUCGUUGUCGUCACGCUGGGCCACCAUCCUGGAUCAAUGCAACGUGGGAUGUUUUGCCACGGUGAGGUCCAAGCUUACAAGCGGGGAGAGUGAUGGACCGGAAGAUGCCGAGCUGGUGCGACGUGCCAAGGAGCUUUUCGCGAAUAAGGCUGAUGCACGUGGCAAGCAGUCGCGCUUCUUGUUUUUGCAUGCCUGGGAAAUUUUGCGCACCGUACCAAAGUGGCAGGACUUUCGCAGCCAACAGCCUGGCAAUGACCGUGCAAAAAAGCGCAUGAAAUUAGACGAGAACGACGACAUUGUCUCCGACGACGAUGUCCGUCAACGUUCAUUAUUCGACAGUUUUUCCGACCACAAGUGGGCGAUUAAAUCCUCACGGAGUUUGAAAUAUGCCGUUUGGUUUUAAACACUAUCCAACGAAUUCAAUAUAGAGGAAAAUGUUGGUCC